AUGGCCUCCAAACUGAGUGGAACUGAUGGCAACAGGCUGGUGUUCUUUUGUAAUGGCAAAAAGGUUGUGGACAACCAUGUUGCGCCAGAACUCACUUUGCUGACCUAUCUACGCGCAAAAUUGCUUCUGACUGGAAGUAAGCUGGGAUGCGGUGAAGGAGGAUGCGGGGCGUGUACGGUAAUGCUGUCCAGGUACUCCCCUGAGAACCAAACCAUCAGUCACCGUGCAAUCAAUGCCUGCCUUACCCCUAUCUGCUAUGUGCACGGCAUGGCAGUCACCACUAUUGAAGGUAUCGGAAGCACAAGGACUAGACUACAUCCAGUGCAGGAGCGCCUAGCUAAGGCCCACGGGUCUCAGUGUGGCUUCUGUACUCCUGGCAUUGUUAUGUCUAUGUACACCCUGCUGAGGAACAGACCACAGCCUACUAUGGAGGAGAUUGAGAGCGCCUUUGAAGGGAACCUGUGUCGAUGUACGGGAUACCGUUCCAUCCUGCAGGGAUAUAAGACCUUCACUAUGGAAGGCUGCUGCGGUGGCAGUAACGGCAAUUGCUGUAUGGAUCAAAAUCGCAGUGGCUACAAUGAAGUAGAAGAAGGCGUUUCCACUAGUUUGUUUGAUCCGACUGAGUUCACACCAUACGACCCUUCGCAAGAACCAAUAUUCCCUCCGGAGCUCAUGAUCAUGCAGAAUGACUCACCCACCAAAAUACUGAAGUUCGUUGGUGAUGAGGUGACUUGGUUUCGACCAGUCACGAUGCAAGAAUUGCUUGACCUCAAGGUUUUGUACCCUGAAGCUAAGAUGGUGGUUGGGAACUCAGAAGUUGGUGUGGAGGUGAAGUUUAAGAAUCAGGAGUAUCCUGUCUUGAUCGAUGUCAAUCAUAUACCCGAUUUGACUAAAAUCGAGACCACGCCCACUGGAAUCAGAGUGGGGGCAUCUGUGUCUCUGACGUCACUCAAUGAGUACCUUCAGAAUGUCGUACUUACCCAACCAGAACCUAAGACCCGGGUGUAUGCAGCAAUUGUGGAGAUGCUUCGCUGGUUUGCCGGGCACCAGAUCAGAAACGUUGCCUCUCUGGGUGGUAACAUAGCAACUGGCAGCCCCAUAUCUGAUCUGAAUCCUCUGCUGAUGGCCGCAAUGUGCAAACUCCAACUCACAUCCAAAAGAGGUACACGCACUGUUAAGAUAGACGGCAAUUUCUUCACCGGUUACAGGAAGAGCAUUAUCGGCAACGAUGAAGUCGUCCUGACUGUUGACAUUCCGUUUACAACUGGGAACGAGUAUUUCUACGGAUACAAGCAAGCCCUUCGCCGCGUAGAUGAUGUGGCCAUAGUUAAUGCUGGCAUGAGGGUAAUCUUGGAGCCUGGUACUAACGAAGUACAGGAGUGUCGGCUGGCGUACGGUGGCAUGGCUGCAACCACGGUGCUGGCUAAGAAGACCAUGGAGAAAAUUAAGGGAAUGAAAUGGGCUAACGGUUUGAUGGAGGCGAUGAGCCCAUUACUGUUGGAAGAUCUACCCCUACCUCCCGGUGCACCGGGCGGUAUGGAGCCCUAUCGCCAGUCACUCACACUCAGCUUCUUCUUCAAAUUCUACCUGGCCGUCCUAGAACAGAUCAACUUAAAGUUGCCUGGAUUGAGUGGUUCAAGUAUUCCAAGAUCCUACAAAACAGCCAAUCAGCGCCUUCAUACGAACCCGGCAGUGGGAGUACAAAUGUAUCAGGAUGUGCCAUCAGGUCAGCCGGAGUCAGAUGCAGCAGGGCGACCUUUGACCCAUCAGUCCGCCCUCAAGCAGGUCACUGGAGAGGCUGUGUAUGUGGACGAUAUUCCUUCCAUCACAGGUGAAUUUUACCUGGGUGUGGUCUUGAGCAAGAAGGCCCAUGCCAAGAUCAUCUCUGUCGAUUCGACUGCGGCUGUGGCCCUGACAGGCGUCCAUUCGUUCGUGGACAUGAAGGAUGUUCCUGGGAGCAACGCAGUGGGAGCCACUCCGGUGAAGGAUGAUCUGUUAUUCGCUGACGGGGAGGUGACCUGUGUCGGGCAAGUUAUUGCCGUGGUUGUGGCUGAUACUCAGGCCAUCGCACAGCGAGCCGCUCGACUGGUACAAGUUGAGUACGAGGACCUACCUGCUAUCAUUACCAUACAGGAUGCCAUCGAUCAGAACUCCUUCUUCCAUGCAUCUAACCUCAGCGUCAAGAAGGGCAACGUGGAUGAAGCGCUGGGGACAUCGAAACGCGUCUUAGAAGGGGAGAUGAAGAUCGGUGGCCAGGAGCACUUCUACUUGGAGACAUGCUCAACUCUAGUCAUUCCAAGAGAAGGGGGAGAAAUCGAAGUCUUUAGUUCUACACAAUGGCCAACGCUCCCACAGAGCAUGGUUGCUGAGGCCUUGGGCAUACCAAGGAACAGAGUGGUCUGCCGUAUCAAGCGAAUGGGUGGAGCAUUCGGUGGUAAGUGCACGCGACCUGGAAUACUUGCAGCUGUGUGCGCUGUAGCUGCCAACAAAGUGAAUCGCCCAGUGCGAUUGACGCUUGAUCGAGACGAAGACAUGAUCAUGACCGGGAUACGACAUCCCUUCCUGGGCCGCUUUAAGGCCGGAUUAACUGAAACCGGCCGAUUGAGGGCGCUCCAGGUCGACUUAUAUAACAAUGGGGGAAACACAUUGGAUCUUACUUAUAGUGUUAUGGAGAAAGCACUUUUCCAUAUGGAUAGCUGCUACAACAUUCCCAAUGUACGGGUGACCGGCCAUCUUUGUAAGACCAACAUUGCUUCCAAUACGGCCUUUCGUGGCUUCGGAGGCCCACAGGGCCAGAUGUUUGUUGAAUCCAUCUUACACGAGAUCUCCACAAAGUACGGGCUGUCGCCGAUACAUAUUCGAGAGCUGAACUUCUACAAAGAAGGGGAUCGGACCUAUUUUGGUACCGAACUUAAAAACUGUAACGUGGAUCGAUGCUGGACCGAAUGCCUUAAGAAGAGUGAUUUCGAGAGACGAAGACGAGAUGUUGACCAGUUUAACAGCGAAAACCGUUGGAGAAAGCGAGGGAUCGCUAUCACGCCUACCAAAUACGGCAUCGCAUUUCCACUCGUCAUGCUGAAUCAGGCUGGUGCUUUGGUUCAUGUCUACACGGACGGCACGGUCCUCAUCAGCCACGGGGGUACCGAGAUGGGUCAGGGGUUGCACACCAAGAUGAUUCAGGUGGCGAGUAGGACGCUCCGAAUCCCAGCAGACAAGAUUCACAUCAGCGAGACUAGUACCGCCACUGUACCGAACACCUCGCCCACCGCUGCCAGUACCGGCUCUGAUCUGAAUGGCAUGGCUGUCAAGGACGCCUGUGAAACGAUCUUGCAUCGCUUGGAGCCUUUUAUUCAAGACGACCCGAAAGGAACAUGGGAGAGCUGGGUCAUGGCAGCCUAUGCUAACCGUGUUAGUCUGUCUUCAACUGGAUUCUACAAAACCCCAGACCUGCAUUUUAACUGGGAGACCAGUGAGGGCCAACCGUACAGGUAUUUUGUGUGCGGGGUCGCAGUCUCUGAGGUCGAGGUUGACUGCUUGACUGGCGAUCACCAGGUGCUACGGACGGAUAUUGUCAUGGACGCCGGGGAUAGUCUCAAUCCAGCCGUCGACAUAGGACAGAUUGAAGGCGCCUUUAUUCAAGGCUACGGCCUGUUCGUGAUGGAGGAUUACAGGAUGACCCCUACAGGUCAUCUGCUGACCAAAGGAGCUGGCUUCUACAAGAUCCCUGGAUUCGGUGACAUUCCGGGAGAAUUCAACAUCAGUCUCCUGACCAGAGCACCCAACCCACGCGCCGUCUGCUCUUCAAAGGGUGUGGGAGAACCACCCUUGUACCUGGCAUCUUCCAUCUUCUUCGCCAUCAAGGAUGCCAUCCAGUCAGCCAGAGACGAUGCCGGCAUCCCUAGAGCAUUCCGUCUAGACAGCCCAGCCACGGCAGAGCGAAUCCGCAUGGCCUGUCAAGACCAGUUCACCAAACAGAUUGCGCAGGUUGAGGAAGGAACGUUCACGCCAUUUUUUGUGCGUCCGUAGCCAGUAUGGCUACAUGAUAUUCCGUUCAACCAGGCAUCCGUUAUUAAUGUGCAUCAUGCAUAUCUUUAAGGCUUUGUUUGUUAAUAGACAGAUGAUCUUCGUUAUCGGUAAAUGUUACCUCAUCACGAGUUAAUGUCAUCAGUUUUUCACGGAUUAUUUUUUACCACCCCAAAAACCUAAACGUACCCGAUUCAUCACCUUUUGGAUCCUGCACAACGUUCGUAAGCUGUCUGGUAGAGAAAUCCAAAUACAUGAAGCUUUGUUUGCUAUAUUUUAAUUUCAUUUACACUGCACGC